AUGACGGUCACGGAGCUGUUGCUGCGGAAGGAGCACCACUCGUUCGUGAGCGCUCUGCCCGCGUUCGUGGGCCGCUACCUCGAGAAGAUCCGCAGGCACGCUCAGUUCGACCAGUGGUCCGCGGCCGCCGUGCCGCAGGCCCUGGCGCCCAGCGGCCCGAGGGGGUCUGACAGGGAGGAGGUCGCGCUGGCCAUGCAGAAGAAGUCGUCGGCUGCUGCUGGCGGGAGCUCCGCGGACGUCUUCAGCUCGCAGAUGCACAGGGACGUGAGCGCCUGCCUCACGCACCUCGGCAUCGUACACGAGAACGGCGCGUUGUGCGGGCCCUUCCUGUUGGACAUCGUGGCCACGGACAUGGUCAAUCCAGCGAAGCGCAUCGUGUACGAGAUCAACUCCCCACACCACUAUUAUGAAGGCACGGAGCAGCUCACGGCGGAGAAGCGGCUGAGGCAGCGGCUGCUGGGCCGCCUGGGGCAGAAGCUGCACGCGGUGAACGCACACGAUUGGCGGCCGCUGACGUCUGCGCAGAAGAUGAAGUUCAUCCUGGAGCUGCAGGACGCGCAGCAGGAGGAGAACGCCAAGAGCUUGAAGCAGCAGGCCGCGGCGAACGUCGCCCGCGCGCCUCUGCCGGCCAUCCAGCUCGACGCUGCCAAGCAGCUCGGGCCCUUCGCGCUGAAGUCCGCGCGCGACCUGAGCGCGAAGAUCCGCGUGCCUGUUCCUCCGUCGCAGCGGGGCCUCUCGCUGAGCGCGCGCUAG